AUGGCCGGAAAACCUACACCACCACCCUCCUGCAACCCCCUCCCCUCAUCAACAACCUCCAAUCCAGCCUUCACACCCCGCUCCUCCUCCUUCCCAGACAACAUAGACUCCGACUCCGAAGACGUCUUCGACCCAACACCCGUGCACAGCCCUGGCGGCCCCCACUACGACGACCUCCCGCCUUCGUACCAUGAAGCGCAGCAGCAAGCGCUUCACGAUGCCCGGAAUGGCGUUUUACCGCUGGAUCCUGUGCAGCUGGACCUAGGUCGGCUGCAUCUCGAUGACGCAACUCCCGACUAUGAGAUACCUUCUGGUGCAGAGAUGCACGCGCAUCGCGCUACGGCCGAGGAGCUUGCCAGAGAAGGCGGGAGGAGUGUGCCGGUUCACCACGUCCAAAGUAGUGAGAAUGUGCCUAUAGGAAGAGUCGGAAGUACGACUUCGAGGAUGCCAGCACCGCUGGAUCAGUCUGCGCUGCUGGAUGCAGCUUUGCAAUUUACAAGGCAUGAACCUGAUACAGAUGCCCGUUACGCACCGCGUCUCACGCGCUGCAUCGCUAUUCCACAGAAUGUCCCCAACACUGCCGCUGCAAGAAAAGGCAAAGCUCGCGCUCGCCGCGAGGAAAGGAGAGCGGAUCGGAGAGGCCAGUCCGACGCACACGUCCUUGGUGCACGGCCGGGCACGUCUACAGACACGCUUCCCAUCGCAUCCGAAGAACCGGCUCAGUUCCUCAGAGCCUAUGCAAAGGCACUACAUGCGCACUCCAUUCGACCUGCAGAGUUUCUCGAUUUCCUCGAUGGACUAAACGCGCUAUGUGCCACCGUGGGGUGCAAGCCUGCAGACCUCAUACAGCCAUCUACCUCGUCGAAUCCCAACACCGAGCUCGUGAGGCAUUACGUAAAUGCUUCGAAUGAAGCGUUCUUCGCACCUCGGGGGUUGAAGAUCUCGCUGCGCUCUUUCGCCUCGCUGCUAGCCACCGCCCAGAUCCCCGAAGAGCGAGGUCAACGUGCCGGCGCUGUGGCGGGUGCUUUUGAUCCUUGUGCCACGCCGGCAAAGAGAGCGCAGGCGUUGCAUCCGUGGGUCGAGGCACUAGAGACGACUGUCAAUGAGCCGAGUAUUGCGGCGGUCACGCUUAAGGAAAUGGGCGAGAAGUUCAAGAACAUUGCUCCGUCGCUGAGCGUAGCAACAACCAAUAGAGGUGCCCAUAUUCCUGAAACCGAGAAGACACGCUUGGAAAGGGAAUACGCUGAAAGAGACCGCGGCGCAGCUGCAGCGGACGAUGAUGACCCACCCCAUUCCAUCCCAGGAGAGUUCCCACACAGCAAUGAGGGUCCACACUCACCGUCCGGAGGCUGGCGAGGACGUGGAGGACGGCGCGGUCGAGGCGACCCUGGGUCCCCUUUCGGUCCACCCGGUUACGGCCCAUUUGGCCCUCCAGGUCACACUCCCUUCGGCCCCCCAGGUCAUGGAGUCUAUGGCCCUCCUGGCUUCGGACCCCAUGGACCUAGAGGCUUUGGACCCUUCGGCCGUGGUGAUUUCGGCCCAGGUCGGGGUAGUUGGGGUCCUCGAGGCGGCCCAGGUGCAGGAGGCAACAGCUGGGAAGCCCUCGGGCAGAGCAUAGGAAAAUGGGGCGAGGAGUUCGGCAAGAGGAUGGAAGCAUGGGGCGAUCAGUUCGGCAAAGAAACUGCGGCCUGGGGCAACGAUUUUGGAAAGCAGUUCAGUGGCGGUGGCACUGGAUGUGGGACUGCAGGGCCUAGUACGCAGGGAGCGGCUACGGCAUCAUUUUCGAGCAGACUCCAUGGUGCAGAGACUGCCACGCGCGAUGCUCAAGAAACAGGCGUUCACCGGGAGGAGUCAAGCACUCCCGCCGACAGCCACUUCGCGAUCGAGCUGGAGAAGCAGGCGGCAAAGAAAGCGACCCAGAAGCAUGACGAUGAUGAUGCAUCUUCGUUCUCCUCCGACAGCUCCUCAGAUAGUGAAUCUGACGAUGACGAUGACGACGAGAACGAUGAAAAAGCUUACAUGAAUGCAUCCAGACACUUCACUAAUCGCAUCCGUGAGAUCAACGCGACAGCCGACGCCUCACGUGCGAAAGGGAAGAAGGCUCCCGCAGCAAUUGAGUGUGAGCGCGCUGCUGCCAUUGAAAAAGCGGCGAAGGACAAGGCAGCGGUGGAAGAGUGGAUCGACCAGAAGCGUACGAAGCGCGCCGUCAUGCGGGAGUUCAAACAUCAACGCAGAGAUAUGAAGCGCGACCAUCGACAGACGAGGAAGGAACUGAAGAGGAAGGGACUGGGAAAGAAGAGCAAAGAAUGGAAAGAGCAGAAGAAGCGCCAUCAGGAGAAGAAGAAAGGUUUGAGACACGAGAAGAAUGACGUCCGGAGGCAAUUCAGGGAAGCGAGGAAAACGGACCGGAGUGAACGCAGAGGGAAGGCUGCAGUAGAAACAGGUUAUGAUGCUAGCGAAGCGGUAUGGGUUUUGGUGGAGAAUCUGGCGUAG